GUGACGUGUUAAAGAAACGCCUGCGGCGAGCCCGCCUCGCUUACAUGGCGAUGAACAGCCGGCUACAGGAGAUCAGGGAGCGACAGAAACUGCGCCGGCAGCUCCUAGCUCAGCAGUUGGGAGCUGAAAGUGCGGAUAGUAUUGGUGCCGUAUUGAACAGCAAAGAUGAUCAGAGGGAAAUCGCUGAAACGAGAGAAACCUGCAGGGCUUCUUAUGAUACUUUAGCACCAAAUGCAAAACGGAAAUAUCCAGAUGAGGGAGAGGCUGAUGAGGAAGAAAUUGAAGAAUAUAAGGAUGAAGUAGAGCUGCAUCAAGAUGAAGAGAACCUGCCCUACGAAGAAGAGAUUUAUAAAGAUUCCAGUACCUUUCUGAAGGGAACCCAGAGCUUAAAUCCUCACAAUGAUUAUUGUCAACACUUUGUGGAUACAGGACACAGGCCACAGAACUUUAUCAGAGAUGUGGGCUUAGCAGACAGGUUUGAAGAAUAUCCCAAACUUAGAGAGCUCAUCAGACUAAAGGACGAACUAAUAUCUAAAUCUAACACUCCCCCCAUGUAUUUACAGGCAGACUUGGAGGCCUUUGACACUAGAGAACUAAAGUCCAAAUUUGAUGUGAUUCUUCUGGAACCUCCAUUGGAAGAAUACUACAGAGAAACUGGCAUCACAGCCAAUGAGAAGUGCUGGACUUGGGAUGAUAUUAUGAAACUGGAAAUUGAAGAGAUUGCAGCCUCACGGUCUUUUGUCUUUCUGUGGUGUGGCUCAGGGGAGGGUCUGGAUCUUGGCAGAGUGUGUCUGCGCAAGUGGGGUUACAGACGAUGUGAAGAUAUUUGUUGGAUUAAAACCAAUAAAAACAAUCCUGGAAAGACCAAGACUCUGGACCCUAAAGCAGUUUUUCAAAGAACAAAGGAACAUUGCCUUAUGGGUAUUAAAGGAACAGUCCGCCGCAGUACGGAUGGUGACUUCAUCCAUGCUAAUGUUGAUAUUGACUUAAUUAUCACAGAAGAGCCUGAGAUUGGCAACAUAGAAAAACCUGUGGAGAUUUUUCACAUCAUUGAACACUUCUGCCUUGGAAGAAGACGCCUUCAUCUUUUUGGAAGGGAUAGUACAAUCCGACCAGGCUGGCUGACUGUGGGACCCACCCUCACAAACAGUAACUUUAAUGCAGAAACCUAUGCCUCCUACUUCACUGCUCCAAAUUCCCAUCUGACUGGUUGUACAGAAGAGAUUGAGCGACUUCGACCUAAGUCACCACCUCCAAAAUCCAAGUCGGACCGAGGAGGUGGAGCUCCUAGGGGAGGAGGAAGAGGCGGGACUUCAGCUGGCCGGGGAGAGAGGGGGAGAGAGAGGAAUAGAACUAAUUUCCGGGGCGAAAGGGGUGGAUUCAGAGGGGGCCGUGGAGGUAACCACAGGGGAGGCUUCCCACCACGCUGAUUACAUUUCAGUCAUCUAGUUCUCCCUCUGGUCCUAUGUCUCCUCUUCUCCAUAUCUUUUUUUAGUCUUGUUUCCACCGAGAUGAGUCAUUCCGGGGACUUUUUUAAUUGAUUGUGCUUUGUGCAAGCAGUUCCAGAUACUUUGCCUGCCCACAUCUGGCACAUCACCUUACUUGGCAGGUGGGAUCCAGCACCUGAUGUCAAUGAGCUAAAAAGCCUCCUGGCAGCUUUCAUGCACCAGGAAGGAGGUCAGAGCAGACUGGGAACAUCAGAAGGGGUUAGUUCCCCAAGCUGUGAAUUGGAUUUGAAGAGGAGUUACUUGCUCUGAUCUUUUCCAACUUAGAAAAGAAUAAAAAAUCUUUCAGCUUUUUUCUUUAACGCUUCCCUAUAAAUGCUGAACAAAUCCUUCCCUUCCCUUUUGUGGAGGUAUCAUGAUGAUAAUACAGACUUGCAUUGUAUUUAUGGAAGGAAAAAUGGCGUGUCUAUAAUAGCAUUUAUUUCUUCCUUCCCUAUAUGCAUAACUAAACAGAGAAGUAAUAUUGAAUAAAUAGAGCUCUAUUUUUUUUCUAUUUGUUUUAAAUUUCCCCAGUCAUUCCUGGGAGUAGUUUUGUAGUAGUUUUAUUUUUGACUUGUCACAUAUAUUUAAAACAUUUUUAUCUUGAUGUUUGAACUAAAAAAACCAGAAACAAUUUAUGUUGUCACUUGUAAUGCUUCAUGGAAAGCAAAAAGUGGCAGUCAUCCAUAUUUGAUCUAAAACUUCUGUUUACGUAGACAUGCAUUGUUUUAAAGUAGAGAAUCUUGCCCAUUGCCUGUUAACUGUCUUAUUCAUGACUAGGGAAAGGCAGGUUUUAUUACAAAAUAAAUGCAGUAUGAAUAAUGAAACAGCCCCAAUGGAGGUAAUAUUUGGGGAAAGGGAGAAAGCCAUAAAGAGGAAAAGUGCUUCCAGAGAAAUCUGGAUAAACUCCACCUGCACAAACAAUGCUCAGUGACUGAAAAAUUGUGUUUAAGCUUUGAAUAGUAAGUGAUGUAGGGAUGAGAAUAUCUUACAGAAAAUCAGCUUCAGAAUACAGCUUCAAAAGAGAAAGUGAUUUACCUUUGUUGUAACUGUGUGGUAUUUGGUUUUAGAAAAGCCAGCUCUGUAAAUCAUUUGUACAGUAUUUGAUGCAUAUGAACAAAUCCUGGCCCCACUGAAGUCCAGGGGAUUUUGCCAUGGAUUUCAUUGGCACUAGAAUUUGGCCCUGGGACUCUUGUACUGCUUAUCUACUGAACUUUUAAAUGAAUGCCCUGUAAAGUGGCGAAUAAUGAAAUUUCUUUCAGUAUUGUUUUUGAUAAACAUCUUUCCUAAUAUUUUCUAGAAUUAUUUGGUUUUAUUUAAAUGCAGGUUUUAUUCGUUCUUCAACUUGCCUUUAAAGUUUCUAAUUUGUUGGUUUUCUGCUUAGACAAUUCAGCUUUCCUUUGUUUGUAAAGGAACAGAGGUUCCUAUUGUCAUAAUGGAUGAAAUCUCCAUCAUUGUUUUGCUUAAUAUAUUUUUUACACACACACACACAAAAUAUCACCCCCCCCCCACUCUAUAAUUUGGACAGUUUACUAGACUCUGAUUUUAGUAACCCUAAAAGACAAUUGGUGAUGGGUGAAUAAAUUUCUCCAUUAUAUACAUUGUACUUCUACCUGUGUCACAUCUGCAAAGCUGAGGAGUGACUCGAAGUAGAAGUUGGUUGAGUUGGGGUCCUUGAAUCCUUGAUUUUCUAGAUUAUCAGUAGCUCAUUUGAACAUCAGUGAUGCUUGUAGCGGAUUGCAUCUGGAACAAGCCCAGACUGCUUAGUGGUUGUGUGCCACAACCUUGGAAUGGUUCUUAUUUUUCGCAAUUAUAUUGUGCUCAUCCUGUGUUGUUUUAGUAGUGAAUAUUGUACGUGCUCAGCAUUACAGAUGGCACCCUCAUGCCACUGAAAACAGCUUCUGUAAAGGUGAGGAGGAAAGUGAUGUUAACCCAGUGUUUUCUUCCUCUGAUUCUUCUUCCUCACGCACUUCUUCUCUACAAUUGAAGAACAAGUAUUCUGGCAUCAAAUAUGAAAGGAGCAUUGAAUCCUCGAUACUGCACUCUAACCUAAAAAUAACAAGGGGAACUGAGAUGUCUUGCUUUAGUUCAGCAUGGCGGAGUUGGGAAAACUGCUUAAGAUGGGAAAGCAAUAAAUGUCCGUCAAUUGCUCUUAAGGUUUUAGCUGCCUUUGGAUGCACACUGCUCCCAUUGAUGCUAAUGAAAGUCCCAUUACACAUUGACAAACAACUUGCUCCUUGUUAACUGAUGAUGUUGACUCUCAGGAAAUAUGGAUUCUUGAAUGUCAUCCUGUGCAGUUUUCUGUACUUCAGAGGUACACUAGGGCUGUGUGCCCUGUUAUGUCAGCACUGACUGUCUCCAUGUGACAAGGUAGUACACUGUCCAUAUUUGAUCUGUCCUUGACUGACAACAUUGCAGCUCAUUAGAGCUUUGUGGAGGUGACCUCCGUUCAUGAGAAACUGAAGUGAGGAUAUAUUCUUUACAGAUAGGCUAUAAAAAUGCCACCAUUUGGUAACUUCUGAUCACUCCUGGCCUGGGCCAUAUUUAUUCUGAGAGGCAAAGCUUUGUCUCUUGAUAGGAGCAUUUUCACAGGAGAGGGGUGAUAAUUGCACUCAUCCAUAAUUGGCUAUCAGGUGAGUCUUUUAUCUAACAUAUUUAGCUAAUUUGAGCGCUUCCCAUUCUUGAAGACAGAACCAAACAAAGUUCUCAAUUUCAAAUGUCAAAUGCUUAAUGCCACCUUUCUUAUUUCUGCAGCCUGUUUUAGUAUAGCUGCUUAGUUCUUGUCAUGUCUGUCUGUUCAGGAAGUUACUUGUAAAGUAUGAUCUUCAAAGUUCUAUUUGUGUAGUAAGUGAAGGAUUUGACAAUUACAUGGGCUAGCCGCCUGGGACAGCUAAACGUGCUGCAUCAAAAGAAUUUUAAAACGUCAGUCGACUGCAAAUUGUUCUCUGUAAAUCUAGUCAUCUUGAGUCUUUUGCUCACAUAUGCUGUCACUUGUAAUAAAUUUGCUGAAAUGUUAUAUGUACUGUUAAAUUGUUCGAAAAAAAAAAAAAAAGGAAAAUGUUUUCAGAAUGUCUUUCCAUGAAAUAGUGUACCAUUAGCGCAGCCUGGUUAUGUAUGACUUAAAUAUGUGGCCUACAAGGGUUGCUAACACAAUGUAUAUAUUUCUACAGUGAUUGCUAGAGAUCUUCCAAAGGUUCUAGUACUUGUGGAAACUUAGGAUAUGUCUUUUUGGUACUUUAUGUGAAGGUACUGGUGGGUGGAAGGCAUUUGUAGGAAUUUGAGGCUUGUAGGAGGCCUUUGUCAUCAUUUUGUGACUAUAACUUCAGUUUAUGUUGAUGUAAGUCAAGUAAAUGCACCAGUGGAUGAAUGGUCUUUGGCCAGUCAUAGUGCAGGUGAUGAGAGAGUUCCAUGGCCAGCCACAGUGCAGAGAGCUCUAUAGACAUACCAGCUCUCUGAACUUGGACUAGGAUUGUUUGGCUUUUUCUCAGCCCAUAUGUAGGAGUUAAACGGCGUAUUCUGUGACAAUGGGGUUCUUGUCUCUCUCCAUAGUUAUAUCAUUAUAAACAGGAAUAACAGGAACCUCAUGUACACAGUCAAGUGAAAACUUAAAAAUCUAAAACUACUGAAAUAAGAUUUCAGUUUGUGAAAUGGACAAUAGCACAUUUAAAAAGAGAUUGUAUCCUCUGCCUCUAAUACUUAUUCCAAUAUGUUAUGCAUCUGGAACCUUUUAUGUGCAGGGUACUACUACCUUAAACUAGGAACAUCUGCUUGCCAGUCUUGACCUUUUGGGAUGUGUUUAUUACUUUCCAGCUUUCAAAAAAUCUCUAUAAAGUUUUGAAGUAUUUUUGUUCUUUAAGAUCCAGACAUUGUUGUAAUCAUGUCCUUGCAAGGGAUUGGAGUCUGAUCCUAUCUUUAAGGUAAUUUUGAAUACUCUUGAGAGGGUUAAGUGGCGUUCGAUCCAACUGCAGUGAAUACAUCUGGUUGGAUUUUUUUUUUCCACUAGCAACCACAUUAAUUUCUUCAUUGGGAUCCAAUUUAUCAAGAUUCUUUCAUUGGCUUUAGUGACAUUUAAUGUCAAAGGAUUAGUUCCAGUGUUACGAAAACUGUGGCUAGGGGAUAGGAAAUGUCCAUUCAUGAUUGUAUCAAGAACACCCUGAAAAGCUUCAUUUUGUUAUGGUACAAGCAUCUGCUUGUCAGCUUUAUCCUUUUUUGACUCAUUAUGAUAUAUUCUCAUAGGGAUAAUUAGAGUAAAUAAAAGCACUUAAUAAAUGACAUCACCUAUUUUUGUAUACAGUAACAACUGUUCAAAAAAAAAAUUGUAUGCUGAGAAACUGCACCAAAUUUUAGCCAGGUAGGAUAUUUUAGUAAGGAUCUGGAGUUUUAGUUACAAUCAAAAAGAUAUAGAAGAGCCUGUUAAAGAUUGUUUAAAAUGUUGAGAAAGUUACCUGGUCUCUCUGAAGUAUAAGUGGGCUUUUAUUAGUCUGAUUAUUUUUGGUGGUAUGUGGUAUUUUGUUUUCUAUUGUAAGAUCUUGUUUGCAGUUGCAUAUAACUUUACUAGGCUUAACCUGUUAAGGCUGAAAAUUCCCAUCUGCUUUGUUGAGAACCUCUCACAACUCCAUUCUGUGGAACUUGAAAUGUAUCGGGGUGGGAUGUCUGUAUGUCCUUCUGUUACAGAAAUGUUUGCAUGUGGCCAAGUUAUAGGCCUUUGAAAAAAUUGUGUAUGUUCAAUAGAGACUUGUUAGAGAUUGACAGCUAAAUUCUCUGAAGCAUGCUCCAGCCCCUCACAGCUUCCACAUGCCAAUUGGACUGCACAUGUGCCUUCCCUAUAGAGUGGUUGAACAUACUCCAUUCCAGGGCUGCAGUGGCUGCAUAGGACUUUCUUUGCAAUUGUUCUGGUGGAGGGAGAACAGGGAAACUUUUUUUUUCCUGUGUGCCCAAUGCCUUCCCUACUGCAUGUGUGGUUAGUGAGGAGGAGGAGUUGGCCUGACUUGACUGUAGAAAGGCGAGAGGUGGAGGACAGACAGACGGGUAGAAGCUGGCAGGAGGCGGAGUUCAGGGACAGGUGCUGGAAAGGGAAGUGACAGGAGCAGAGGGGGAUAGUAACAAAAGGAAGAGAACUGAGGGGGGGUGAAUAGGAGUGGCAGGGACUAUAACAGCAGGAGUCAGGCAUGGGAGUGAUGAGUAGGAGCUGGGAGGGAUAGUCACAGGGGAAAAUUGGGGAGUAAGGUGGGUAGGAGCAGAAAGGGAGAAGGAGAGGGACAGGGCGGAAGGGUCUGUAACCACUAAAGCACACUCUCCUACAGGACCUGGAAAGGAACCCAUUUUUCCUUAGUCUCAACUUUCUUUUGCUGUCUAGCAAACAGGUGUGGAACCCACCGGUAAAGUAUGUUUCCAUCCCACUCUAAUGGCAGGUACACAUAGAAGAUACUUCAUUAAUUCAGGUGGCAGAGGACUGGUAUAGAUUUAAAGUUCCUAGCCCUGCUGGUGGCCCAUGUGGGGUGUUCAGGAUGCCAUUUUUUUUUAUUUACAUUUUUUAAAUUUAGGAAGCUAUUUCAGAAAUACUAUGCUAAAAACAUUUAGGUUUGUAAAGCCAAGCACUCAGAAGUUAGGAAAUGCCAAAGUUAGGUUCCCUGUGUGACAUCUUUUGUGUAUGCAUUAUGACACAUUCUUUAAUUACAUGGUCAUGUAUUGUUUUUUCCACCAGACUCCUGCCUCAUUCAGUGAAAAGGAUGGACUGUGCUCUGGGAAUGAAUGAGUUGAGCAGUAAAUAAGGGAUCUGUAGGACCCCUGCCUCAUUAAUUGUGAAAGUUGGAAAGUGGAAAAUGAGGCCAGGGGUCCAGUAGGAAGAGAAAAGGUAGUUUUGUGCUUCAAGCAGUUGAAUGCUGCCCCAAAGAAGUGGGUUUUAUCCCUGCUUCUACCACAGAGUUCCUGUGUGGUGCUGAGCAUGUGUCCUAAGCCAAAAUGUUCCCAGGCAACCACAGUUAGUUCCUUAUUUUCUGGGUACCGAACCCUGAGGACUGACUUGUAUCAGUAGUGAAUGCUCCAACUCCUGCUAUGGACAGUGAGCUUUCCUCUGAACGUACACUGUGCUAAGUACACUGAAAAACCAGGCCCAGGGAUUCCCAGAUUGAGUACCCAAAUUAGUUGACGCUUCUGGCAAUUUUGGCUUUAAUCUCUGUGCCUCCAUAUCCCCUGUCUAAAAUGGGGAUAAUACCACCUGUUGUAUGAAUUUAGAUGAAAUAAAUAGGUCAAAAGUGUUAACAUAACUUCGUCACUGUCAAGGAUUAAACAAGGUCGAGUUUCGUGUACAGAGACCUCAGCCUGUCCAAUACUAUAGCAAAGCAACCAUUACAAACCCUUUUAACUUUUUUAUUACAGAUAGAGAAGGAGGAAAAACAGUUUAAAGCAUCGGACAUGUAAAGUGUUAGGUAAGGCUUUCAUUUUAACAACCUUUCUUGUCCCUUUUCCCUUUAGCUGGAGAGGGUUACCAGGAAAAAUAAACCCUUGUCUGACAGUCUCUUAGAUGGUAUUAAAGAUCAUAAUUGUCCUUUUGGGGAAAAGAGAAGUUAAUUGAGAUGGACAGGAACAACUGCUGUUACACUGAUCCCAUUUCAUUUCAGAUGUUGUUUGGGAAAUCAGCUGGAGCUGGUAGGGAUGGCCAUGUCAUCUGGAACCCUGUGUCUGGCCUGAUCUGGUCAGAGCAUUCCUUAGGAUAGGGAUGAAGAAGGGAGAUGGUGGAGGUGAUAUCUGGGAUGGUGAAGCUCAUUCCAGUAGCCUUUGUUUGUCCCCACCCUCCCCAAGUCUCUCUCUUUUUGUUUUUUUUAAGUAUAAAGCAAAUGGCAGAUGGAAUAGCUCACCUAAUUUUUUUUCUACCGAUUAGGCCUAAUAUCUGCCAUACAAAUUUUCAUUCAUUAAUUUCUGGUUCCACACCUCCUGUUUUUAGUAAGCAUAAUUUUAAGCAUCUGAUGAAGUGGGCUGUUGCCCACGAAAGCUUAUGCUCAAAUAAAUUUGUUAGUCUCUAAGGUGCCACAAGUACUCCUGUAAUUUUAAGCAUAAUUAUCACCAUGGCCUUUUUUGUUUGGACUAAUUUAGUCUGUAUGGUUCUCCUGUGCCUGUUUAUAAUAUUAUUGAAAGCAACUUAACAAAUGUUAAUGGCAAGUAAGUUAUUAUAGGUUAUUGUUACAUCUUCUGAACUUUGAUAUACUUUUUACAGUUGAGUUAACAAUUAAUGAAAAUUCAUCGGCCCAAUAACCAGAACAUAAUCCCUCUUUUUUUAUGGACUAAUUUUGCCUAGGAUUGGAUAUUUGUUCCUAAAAUCUUAUUUAUAAAGAAAAAUCAUAACUGUAUAAAGGAAAAGGGGUGGGGGGAGUACUUGGUUAUAUUUUAAGGUUUGCAAAUUCCUUAUCGCAAAGUUUGCAUUUACAGAUCUUACUUGAUUACAUAUUAAACUUUCCAGAUGUGAACAAAGUGAAGAGCUUACAACUCACUUUAUUUGUAGCUAAAACAAAACUUAGAGCUGCAGCUGUUAUGUCUGUAGGAUGUUUUAGAACAAACCAGCUUUUAUCACUUCUUUGGCUGUAUGCCCAGAAUGGGCAAAGAUGGAAAAAACGUUCCCCCCUUUUUGCUGUUUGUACAGUUAAAGCUGUACAUUUAUACAAACCAUGAAAAUUGUAUGCAUUAGUGGUUAAACUUGCUCACUUGUAGCCCUGAUGGCAUUUUUUCCUUCAAGUGUCUUGUUGCCUUCUUUAAAAAGAAGCAACAAAAUGAUGAUCUUUCAGAACCACUUUUGCAUUUGUAAUUUAUUAGCAACACCCAAAGUUGGGCAAAAACAAAACUUAAAAACAAAAAAUCAAGUUUGGUGUUGAAAGAGCCCUCUGUUUUGGUGGUUUGAGAUUUAUUUAUUUAUUUAUUUUUUUACUGUCAAUGUGAUAGCAGCCUUGUAUUAAGUUGGUAUUUUGUUAACAAAGGGGGUUACCCAAGAUGAUGUUUUAGAAAAAGUUUGCUUUAAUGACUUGACUUUUUCAACAAUUUAAAACACUAUUUUUACAACUUUUCUUUUUCUUAAAAAUACUUUUAAGUAUUAUUUACCACAAAGCACCUAACCUCAUAAGAAAGUGUGUGGUGAAGAUAAAUUCAGUAAUAGUUCAUAAAGAACUAACAUACCAUAUAACAGCCUAUGAGGAAAUCAAUAACUUUGUAUUCAGUGCAGGGCUUGGAUGGUGUGUAAUACAUAAAGCCUGGGGCCACACACUGUGAAUGAUGAGGAUUUAAAGAAACGCUGGAUAAUAAUCCAUUAAUUGAACACUGUUCGUGCUGGGCAGUGGAAUGAAGCAGGAGUCCUGGGGGGCCAGGCAAAGAGUGUGAUCCUGUAAUUAUAGGCUGUCAUAAUGCACACAGGGGGCCAAGUUUAGGUUCCACAGGCAGUCUUAAUACUGACACUGCCUAACUUCUGAGUACUUAACUUUGCAGCCUUAAACUUCUGUUGAUGUAGCUUUUGUGCCUGUUCAGUGCUAUAUUAAAGAACAGUAUCCACAGGUUUCACCUGGAUAUAUGAUGAGCAUAUAUGGCUUUGUUCCAUCAAUUGGUGAACAACUGUAAAGCUUACCAUGGCUCAAAACCCCAGUUCUGGGCCUACGUUCUGGGCCUACAUCAGGUGCUGGAUGCAUUUUUGGUUCCCUUCUGGAGCAAGGUAAGGAUUUUUCCCCCCCUCCCUUGAAUAAUGAGGUUCCAAGGGAAUGUCAGGACAACCUAAUGUAAACCUUUUAAAUAGAUCCAUUUAGCCCAGUUUCUUUAAGAUUUAGUGCAUCUGGUCAAGUCUUAUUAAUCUCUCCUCAUACGGCAGCCAUUCCAUGGUUAGGGGUAUGGAACGGCUACCGUAUGAGGAGAGAUUAAGAGUGGGACUUUUCAGCUUGGAAAAGAGAUGACUAAGGGGGGAUAUGAUAGAGGUCUAUAAAAUCAUGACUAGUGUGGAGAAAGUAAAUAAUGAAGUGUUGUUUACACCUACUAACACAAGAAUUGGGUCACCAAAUGAAAUUAAUAGGCAGCAGGUUUAAAAAAAAGGAAGUAUUUUUUCACACAAUGCACAGUCAACAAGUGGAACUCCUUGCCAGAGGAUGCUGUAAAGGCCAAGACUAUAACAGGGUUCAAAAGAGAACUAGGUACGUUCAUGGAGGAUAGAUCCAUGAAUGGCUGUUAGCCAGGAUGGACAGGGAUGGUCUCCCUAGCCUCUGUUCGCCAGAAGCUUGGAACGAGCGACAGGGGUUGGAUCACUUGAUGAUUAUCUGUUCUGUUCAUUCCCUCUGGGGCACCUGGCACUGGCCUGGCUCCGAAGCCAGGAUACUGGCCUAGAGGGACCUUUGGUCUGACCCAGUAUGGCUGUUCUUACGUAUGUAAGGGACUGUGUGGGCAAGAGCUGUUCUAUGCUAUAUCCUAGACUUUUCUCCAGCUAUGGACAAGGUUCAUCAGGAGGUAAAAACAAGAGCUCCUUAGCAUUCAGAUUUAUGCCACUUCAAUCACCUGGGACCUUACUAAAUGGGCUGUCUGUCUUUAAUUCAUACAGUGGGUAUGCAGAGGCCUCUUAAAAUCUUAUGUUUGACUUCAGCUGUUUGGGUUGCUGAUCUGACCAUUAACUACAGUCUCUUUAGGGGUGGGGUUUUGUUCACCCCAGCAGUCUGUCCCAGCUCAACACUGCUUUGCUUUCAUCUUCCACUUUGCCUGAGAAAACUAGUGUUCUACUUGACACGACUCAGGUUCUUUCUACAGUGGAAGCUGUACUGUGCAAGAUACAGGUGAGUUAAAAGCAUAGGUGUGACUUGGAAGGUUCUAGCGCUUUGAAAACCACUUUGGACCUGCUGAUAAAGCCAUGGUAUAGUAGACUACUGUUCGUUAUAGGAGUUGGUCCAUAGCAUCUUUUGUUCACAAUUUAUGGGAUUUUGCUUUUUCCUUACCAGGAGAAAAAUCCACAUCUUGACAAAAUAAACCUUCUGUCAAAGGUUUCUUCCAUGUUUUGUUUCACAUUAUAAACUGCAUUUGUCUUUAGUGGUCGUAUGCUUGUUUGGCAGAAGAAUGUUUUGACCAUUGGUAUCAAGUUUAAAGGUAAGUAAAUCUUAUACUUAUGUGCUACUAUGUCAACAUUAUAUAGUAGGCUUCUUUUGUAAUUAUUAGGAUAGGGGAAGUGUUAUACUGCAGGCACAGAAAACAAGGUAUUCAGAUUGUUUUUGGCAUACUCAAACUUCAUUUCCUGAGGAGUAUUGUAACCAGUACACGGGCUGCUUUUAUGAACACUAAAUUGUGGCACAGACAAGUUUAGCUACAGCAUGUGUGUUUCCUUCUUUGGGCUUAAACCUGCAGGAUGCUGAGCAAUCAGCCACAUGCUUAACCUGAAGUACAUGAACAGUCCCACUGACUUCUGUGGAAUUAUGCAUGUGUUUAAGUGCUUUGCUGGAUCAGGGCCAGAGCACUGAAUAUCUUGCCAGUUCAAGUCCUGUGUCCGCAUCACAUCCUUGUUCUUUUACUGAGCAAGAUAGUGCUGAGAGGUGUAUUACUGGUCCAAUGAGAGCCCUGCCCUGUUUUGAAAUAUAUUAGGAUUUUAUGAGACUUAUUGUGAAACGUUGCUUCCAUAUGGAGAGAGUAUGAUCUCAUGUCUCCUAUGCUGGUAACAGUCCCUGUCCUCGUCCACCACACAUGCCCUUUCUCCUCCUUCCCAGCUUCUCCUCAAGCAAUCCCACUUCCCUCUUCUAUUUAUAAUCCCACACCUUUCCUUCUAUGAGCUAUUAACCAGUCUUGUUUUGUUUAGAUUCUAAACUUAUUUGGGGAUCAGAACAUGCCUUACUCUUUGUAAAGAGGUAUGUAGACUUAGUGCUGUGUAAAUUAUUUUAAACUUAGUCCUGGUCUAUACAGUUUUUGUACCAGUAUUAACUGUUGGGGGUGUGUGUGUGGUGGUGUUUUUUUUUUUAUUUUUAUUUUUUACUGAUAUAGUUAUGUAUCCACCAUAGAGGUUGUGGUAAAAAGAUACAUUGGUAUAUCCCAUUAUUCCCCUUCCCCUGUGAAAAUAAACUAUACAGAUAUAAGCACUUUUAAAUCAAUACAACUGUGUCCGCCCUAGGGGGUAUUGUGCUACUUCACUUAUACUGGUGCAGUUAAAGCAGUACAACUUCUGUCUGUAGACAAGAGCUGAAAGGUGACUGAGGACUGAUCUACACUACACAGUUAGGUUGAGCAUCUAAUGGCCACUUUGGAUAAAGGACUCAUUCAGUAUCCCAGCACCUUCAGUUAAAGUGAGAUCUCACAAUACACCAAAGCUGUCCGGCGGCAAAGUCUGGAAAGACUAGACUUGAUUAUGUCCAAGCCUGAAAUCGUGGACCUAAGGAGUGAACCAGCAUAGUCUAAGUAAGUAUAUGGCUUUUGUUGCUGUAGUGUCUCUUAACACAUCUGCUGAAAUGGGACAGAUUUUUAUUCACUUGACAGAGGAGGGAAACUUGAAGUGUGAUAGACUUCUCUGUGACCUAUGUCACUUACUCUGUGGCUGAACCAGGAAUUGAACCCAGGUCUUCUAACUUUCUCCAAUGCUAUAGCCACUAAACUGUGCCCGCUACAUCCUUUAUAGUGGCAAAUUCAUCUUAAUGGAUAUUAACCCAAAUAUGAAGCCAACAAUUUAAAUGUCAGUAUUAACUUUCACUGAGCUUUUGCAGAAACAUUCCACAGUCAAACUGCUGCUCUCCUGGGUUCCCAGCUGUCAGAUUCUCCAGCUUCCCUACCCUGAAAACCUUGAUGUACGUACGUUAAGUUUGGCAUACUGAAGAUGUUGUAACACUUAAAUUUAGUACCAAAAGGGAAGCAGUACUGUUGAUUGUAUUUUUUUUUUUUUUAAGAACUCCCUGAAGUUCCCACAAUACUUCCAGUGUGCUGCAGAAGACUGCCCCAGAAUCCAGGGACUUAGAUCCAGCUUGCUGCAGCAUACACCAUCGGUGCUUUUGUUUACUUACAUGCAAAAUUCACGUACUUGCAGUGGGUCUCCUUGUUAUGACAAAAAGAAUCUGCUACACUUUGGUGCUGCUAGAAAUAAAGUUCAAAUUGCGAAUGCUUACACUAGGCAGAGCGUCAGGAAACUACUAUUGCCAGAGUAUCUGAGAAGGCAGUAAAAUCCUGAAGUGAAAUAAGUGUGUAUCAGGAAAACGCCUAACAUUUGGAACUAUUUAUUAGAACCAAAAAUUUGUCUGUCUUUACUGACUUUAAUGGGAACAGUAUUAGACUAUGGCUUGAGUGCCUUUGCAAUUUUUGCAAUGCAGUAUAAAUACCUCGAUAGUGCUAUACAGCAACAUGAAUGGAGGCUGCCAGCAACUUUCAGUCACUGCUUCCUGAGAUGAAAGACUCAUCCCAACCAAAUUUCCAGAGGUUUCUGAAGUUUCUCCUCUACAUUUUGAGGACUAGUUGCUUUCCUUUUACAGUGUUUGGGAAGAGAGAGUUCCAAAAUUCUUCUAAAUUGUCAGGACAAGGUCUGCAGUUUCUAUGGGCCAAGUUCUGUCACCUAUAUCUCCUGAGCAUGAUGGAAAGCCAAAAAGAUGGGACCAGUUGUAGAUAGACUUCUGUAUCCUUGAUUAUCCACACAUGGAUUGCCAUGAUGUGUGAGAGAGGGAUGAAUGCAUUUCACCAUAGGCACUUUUCUGGAGAUGGACCAGCUGCCUGAACAACAUCCUUCACUGUGGUACAUGUAGAAGGUAUUGUCGGAAAAGCAUUUCUGCUUGUUCGCGUUGCUUUGCUAUUAGCAGCUGGAAUGAGAAAUACUGAUUAUUCAAGAUAUAGCAAUAUAAAACUGCCAGGGACUUCUGUGGAAGCAGAGUUAAGCCUGCUCUUGGGGAGAUAGCUACAAUCAAGGCCGGCUUUAUGAAUGGCGGGGCCCAAUUCCUGGUCUUCUGCAGAACCCUCCACCAGCUUCCCUGGUGCUUCAGCAGUCGGCAAUGAAGAAUGGAAGAUAAACAACUUUCCAGCACAUUCUGCUGCCUGUCACAAAGACACCAUAACAACCUUUUAUUCUGUUGCUAGUAUAAACAAAUGAACCUAAUUUUUAAGCAUUUGUGUAACCAAAGGUGUAAACUUUUCCUAAAUCCUCGUAAGCUAAAUUGUCCAUUUGUUUCAAGACUGAACUCUUCAUGGCACCGAAAUCCCAAAAGAAAGUCACUGGGAAUUUAAUAUCCAUAAAUAGCUUAAUCUAACAUAGAUAUGUCUGGUCAUAUGUGGUGUUACAGUCAUUUCUACAUAGGAAUCUAGUCUUGAUGGACAAAAUUAACAAUAGAUAUACCAGACUGCUGUCAAUUUAAUUUUUUUUUAAUGCCCAUGCAAUAUAAAUGUUAAAUAACGAUGCAAUAAAAGAUAAACAGACA